GCCCAGUCAUUAUUGAAAUUAUUCCAUCAUAGGUGCUUUCAGUUUCAAGUGAGGUCAUCGACAGCAAAAGAUUAAAAUCAAAAUAUUAACGAAGCCAUAGAAAAUUCAGCCUGUCGUAUUUACAACGUUAGAGUCUUCCAUGUGCAGUUGAUUUUCCUGAUGAAAACGGAAAUUUCAUCGGGAAUUAUUCUGCGACCAAAUUGAAAUGCCGAAUAAAAACAUUCCAAACUCAUUCCCUGAUUGUCAUAGUAAACAAAUUUGAGAACACGUCUGGACUUGCAGAUAUUAAAUAUUUCCCGUGGGCUAUUUCCCUAGUUUGUAUUACAGCACACACAAAAAAUUUCCCUGCUCAAAAGAUUCACGCAACUUUCAAAAUAUAAUGUUCCCUCAUUGGACUCCGUGGAGACACCUACCGUAGCAUACGGAGAGUGAAGAGCUCUUUAUACUGCAACAGAUCAUAUCAACAAAGCGCAUUUAGUCGACAGAGAGAGAAGGUAUGUCUGCUACCAAUAUCACAAUAGUUCAAACGUUGAAAUGCACUUUCAAUUAGAGUUCUUGAUGAACAUCAAACCACUUCCAAACUGCCUGUCCUCCUUCUACCGUGGCCAACAAUGUUCACGGCGUACCGUUGUACAACACUCUUUUAUACUCUUACUUCAUAUCAUACCGCGCUCCAGGAUGGAUGCACAAUGAAGCCAGCACAGGGUAGAAUGGACAAGGAAAACACAAGUGCAGGCCCAACUCUUGACACAAAGAGCGCCUCUUCUCACUAAAAUCACUAGAGGAGUAGAACACUGAAGAAUGGCCGGGGAAAUAGAAGGCACACGAGCGUUUUGUGAAGAUUGUCAAGAAAGAUCAUUUAAAAGGCGAACACCAUUAAAGACGUCGUAAAUCGUUUUGAUAGAAGACAAAGAAUUUUGUUCAUUUUUAAGGAAGUUUCUCUGUAAAAAUUCAUGGCUGGCAUCCUGUAAGUGACAGCUUACAAUAUGAUCGGCCGUCGAUUAAUGAACUGAUUUCCCAUGGAAUCGAUAUCGCAGACUUAGAUGAGGCUUUCUUCACUCUGGCAUAGUAGAAUUUGUCAUGUUCAGGAAACAAAAGGGAUACGCGAGGUAAGUUCGUCGAUGAUUAGGUUGUUUUACUUUGUGAUCUAUAAAUUUCACAAAUUUUCUUUAAAUUCAAGACUUUCAUGAAACUAAACUGUUCAGAGGUGGACUGAUCACGAAUCGAAAUGUUAUUCUUGACCUCAAUUCCACUCUGUACGUAAAAUUCAAUUUCAGGUAGUCCUAAAAGAUGUACCACUUUCCUCUUGAGUUUUGCCUAAUUCAGCAAACGCAAUCAACAUGCCAACGGACUUGCCCAAACAGAGCCCUGAUAGAAAGGCGAUGGAUUUUUAACUGUCUGUGACGGAUAGAGUUUCACCGAACACAAUCCAUAUUACAGGAGAAUUUUCACUGGGCACUUUAAUCCUUUCAAUCCUGGUAGUAAUUGGUAUGUAAUUUCUCCCAACAAUUUCAAUACCUUAUCACACAACCUAGUAUAGAAAAUGAAUAACAAAAUCAACUUAGUUUUUAUAUGGCUCUGAUGCAAGACACCACAUUAUCGGCAGUAACAAACAAAGAAGAGUUUAGCAUUAGUUGGGAUGAUUAUUUUUAAGAUCAUAGCAGCGAAGGAAUUGACAACGGCUAAAUUUCUCGCAAAAAACAACAAACGUUCGACCUGCAUUCGGGCGCUAAAUGCGUUUGUUUACAAGUCCCAUUAUCACUGUUUUAGUUAUAUCAUACAAAUAACGGUCAAAAAGUAAAAGCAGUAUUUCGUGAAGUAUACAAAUGUACGUCCCUCUAACCGCCUAACAAACUUCCAGUACAGGAAAAAAUCUGAUGGGUUCCACUCAAUCCUUGCGUUCUCUUUAUCUAAUUCAGAGGCGGUUUUCAAAAACUUCAAUCAAAUCGACUGCCACCCCAAAACUUGCUUCACAACCCGAAACAUGACUUCUUCGAUUGCAAUCAUCUUUGAAUUGAUCAAGUGUAACCUAUUGUUAAUAGCGACUGAGCCAAUCAUCUGUGAGUUAUCCGUGACGUAGAGUCGACCUACCACAUGGAGUCGAGGAAGAAAUCAACACCUUAUUCCUCCAGCUCAGCUAAGGUAGGUUUGUUUCCCAUUUUGCACAACUAUUUCGGCGGUAUUUUUCUCGAGUCUUGCAAUGAUUUGAGAAAAUUUACCGCCCAUGAGACAAAAGAACGCACUGUCGCUCUUCUGAUGGCACAUUUCACAAAUUGUAACAGAGCACGAGGUAUCACUUUUCAGCUCCCCUAAACCGUCCAUAGAAAUAGAUCCCAGCACUUUUAUUGUGUUAAGUGUAUCGUUCGCAACGAUUCCGCGAUGACCAGCUUUAUGUCGCCUAGAACAGUACCCGCGCGAAGUAAUUUUGAUUACCUAAAAGACGCCAUUCCAUCACUUGCGACUGGAGCAACUCGGUAAGGGCUAAGAACUUGGCCUCCUGCGGGGCCCAAGAAAAUCAAAACCACGUAUUUGGAAUCAUACCGCAAUCAUUCAUAAUCAGCAGAAUGUUUACAGUUGUUAGAGGUCUUGUUAAACACAAAUCGCUCCAAAGUAAAACUUGGAAAGUCAAAGUAUCAGACACGUUGAAAACGCGAACUUUGAGGAAUUUGUAUAAACUAACUGCACCAUCAACUCUUCUAUAGUUAUACCAUAGAGUUUUCCAAGGAGCAAGAAUAAUGGCCAACAACAACGCAAACGUAAGUACCAUGUGUGAACAUUUAAAGGCAAAGCUAUCUAUCUCUAACUGUCCUACUGCUAUACAGCACGAUGAUUAUCACUUUAAUGCUAUCCUUAAUUCUAAGCAUCUUCUAAUCUAACCCAAUACCGAUACUUUAGAGCUACUUCAGUAAAAAGUCUGUUUUUCAUUCCAAAAAGGUACUAUUUCAACAUUCAUGCACGUUCAUGAAUCUCCAAAGCUAGUUCAAUUCAACAACAAUUCGUUCUUACUAUACCUGUUCAAGUUCAUAGAAACUCGCUGUGUGGUGCCAACUAAAGCCAUCUUCAUGAACGUUUAAACAAAGUGACUUCAGUCUUGUGAAAUCUCAUCGUUUGCCAUGAAGCAUACUAGCAGCAUGCAAUUUAUGCAGCCGGGUGUGUAAAUGUUACUGUACAAGGUCUAAAAUUUCGGAGGAUUUCAUUUAAGCUCAAAAGGCAGUCGUUUUAUUUCCUGUUACUUUUGCUCGCUUUCGCCUUCUCUUACAUCGUGAUGAAGUGCCUUUUCGGAAAAACCGUUCAACUUUCACGUCGAUAAAUUCAAAACCUAUCAUCAGCUGUCACGGACAAAAAUGAUAGUAUGACCUAACUGUAGAACUCCAAGAUUCCAAGAUCCUUCUGCGAUUCGGAUAUUAAUUAUGUAGAGGGUCAAAGAGGAUAUGGCUGAAUAACUACUUCAACCUUAAGUGGCAAUCAGUAAUUUAAAGAAGGGUAUGUCAUACAGCUGUAAGCACUAAAUGCAGUAACGAUCAGUGUGUAUCGAGAAUACCCUUGCUAACGACAGUGAUAAGUUGUAGUUAAAGGUAAAAUGAAUUUUCCAAUAAAUCUCACAUAUUUCAAGCAAACUCUGUCUUCUAUUCCACUCGUUGCUAUGCAUUGAUGAAUAGUGCAACUGUUUGUUUUUCAGGAGCAGGACAGAUUUAUGGGCACAGAUCGGUAAGUUGAAAAACUCUUCGUUCAAUUUACACAUUCCAGAAGCAAAACUAUGUCAAUCUAUAAUCCCCUUUAUGUCCCCCUUGAGAGAAAUCACUUAUACUUGCAUUUUAAACUGUUACCUUUGAAUUGUUUCCAGAUCUAGUAUUUAUAAUCAUGAUAGCCAUGACUGUAUACACACUGUAUAUGUAUUGAUAAUCUUAUAGUUGCAAACAAUGAGUACAUAUGUGCAGUCUAAAGCAUCCCAGAUUGUCCUUCAAAUAACAAAUGUUUAUCUUGCUUGCAAGAAUUAUUCAUCUCUUACCUCUAACACAUGACAUGGACAAGUCUAUGCUCUCACACUGUUUAUCAUGAAAAUAUGUUGAUUUAUUUUCAUGCAUGCAUGUAUGCAUGCAUGCAUGGGAUAUCACACUUAGAAACCAAGUUUAAUGUAAACAGUUAACUGUAAACAAACUGAGGCAUGAACUUACCUCUGCCCUGCUUAAUUCAUUUUAGGGAUGAUCUGAUUGACACAUUCUCUCAGUUUCUGAUAUUGGACCUGGAGGUAUGAAGAAUCUUUUAAAAAUUAAACUUCCCUUUUAAGUGCCAGGUUACAAAUUUAAGUCUACCUCUGACUAAAAUAUGAAUUUUUCCCCUCCUUGGCCAAACUUUUGUACAUGUACAUGCCCUCACAACAAAUAGGCAUCACAUUUUCCCCAAUCAGCCUCAUGUAUCAGGACACAUUUCUACUAUGCAGAUUGUCAACAAGAUACAUAUUUCACACCACUUGGGAAGGGAUACAAGAAAAAUUAGUCUUCCCAUCACAUGAAAAGCACAUUAGAGUAAUAAAGCUGAUGACAUGGGGGCCCCAUAAUAAGAUAUUACAUAAGUAUGCAAGUUAGAUACCAAGAUAAAAAAUAAUCCAAGAAUAUUGCUGGGUUGUCAAAAUUGAAGCUAAAUGCAAAUGUGUUAUGUAUGAGUGUAGAUAAUACUUUUUGAUAAUAUCUACAUAAUAUAAUAUUAUUACAAGAGUUCAGGUUAAAAAGUGUAUUAGCUAUGAGGUGAUAAAUCUCAUGAUUUUUUUCCUUUGUUUUAUCAACUUAAACUUUAACCCCUUUAACUCCCAAGAUCUGAUUGCUAAUUCUCCUCUCCGGCUGCUACACAUUUCUUUGUAAAUUUGUUAUAAGAUUUUGGUGUUUAAUCAAGAUAACUUCUUCCACCUAUUAAUGGUUUCUGGGAGCUAAAGGGUUAAGUGUUCCUUUAUGGCUGCAGCAGAUAACAUGUCUUCUUAAUUCAAAGCUGAAUUACAUUUUAUUUUACAGGUGCCUGAUGACACACCUUCAAUGCAAACAAGGUACAGUACAAUUUAUGAUUAUUAGCAAUCAUACAGAGUGCUUGACACAAUUUUCUUGCACAAUUCAAGUUAUACAAUCACAGAAGCUGCAGAUAUUCAAAUAUUAGAGGGCAGGACCAAAUUCAUUACUACGUCAUUAUCCUUAACUCAUGAAUUUAUUGACAGCAGAAUGUUGGCACAAGUCAUCUUUGAAAGCCAACAGAUGCGUUCCCAAGGAGAAAUGGAAACCAUACCUGUACAACCUUCUUGGCUUAUGGAUUCAUCAGUUGCAAUGGUGAGUUAUUCAAAUUUUUCUUUCACUCUUAAAUACAGGUAAUGUACAAAAUUGACCUCUGAGUUUAGAAUAUUGAGCUUAACAGUUUUCUGAAACUACUCAAAAUGCAGCUUUAAUAACAAGGCAGAUUGAUAAUGAUAGUUUCCGUGUGUCUUUUUUUUUUCUAAAAAAAAAAAACAUGAAGUUUAUGAGCGGUAAAUCUUCAUUAACUGUUUCAUUCUCAAGAUCUAGUCAUCAAUUCUCUAGAAUGUUAGCCUUGUUUUCUCUUAUACUUAAGUACAUCUAAGAAUUAAGUAUGGAGUGAAACAAAGUCCCCAAGAUGAUAUAUGUAAUUUUUCCCAUGUCUCAUCUUCCCUCUGUUGGGAGAUGUAAUGACAUUGUAAGGACAAAUAUACUCUUGGCAGUGAAAGGGUUAAAAUGUCUUCAUGUUAAAUAUGUUAGAUAUGUGUAGAAAGUACAUUUAAAAGUUUACCUUUUAAAAUAUUAGAAUGUUUAACACCACAUGUGGGAAUAAUAGCAUACACAGCACAUAAAAUGUACUCUCGAGUCUUAUAUGGCUCACAGUAUUCUUCUCUUUUUAAAGAUAUGGCACAAGAUGCAAUCAUGUACAUGAACAUUAGGUCACUAAACAUGUACAUUUGUUGAAAAGUAUAGCUUAAUGGCAAUAGAAAUUCCUAACAGUAGCAAUAAAAUCCAAAAUCUGAAUAGAUCUGAUUAAGGCUACCACCCAAUGCUUUCUAUCCAACCUUAGUUCCUUCUUAAACUUAAUACACAGGGUGCUGAAGAACUUUGAAAGUUCAAGAUCCCAACAUUACAAGAACUUGAAAUAAUUAGUUUUAGUGUAUUUCAAACAUAGCACAUGUAGAUUCAGUUGGAAAAGCUAAAAACCCUAGAAUGUACGUUUGUAAAUCCGUUACUUCAGAGUAAUUAGUUUUGUUUUGCACUUAAUAUUGGUUUACCUCACCACUAUCCAAAAUAUUGUAUACAAUGUAUGGUUUUUGAAAAACAUCAAAUGUACAUGUAUUAGACAUGAAUCAUUUAAAUUUUCUGACAAAUAAGUUUCCUUACAACUCCCAAGAACUUUCUUAGGUUAAAUCCAUCCUUUACCGUAUGACCAGUCACCGGUGAGAUCUCUGUAAUCAGAUUUAGAACUACAGUAUUAUGGUUUCUCUUGACUGUAAAAAAAACACAAUCCAAACAAAAACUGGAGUUGGAGAUGCUAAUCACUGUUUUAAGAAAAGCUUUCAAACUUUUUCAAGGACUUUGUCCAGCGAAUAUCCUCAUAGGAUACAUGUAUUCAUCAGCACAAAGAAAGUUAAUUCUUGUAUCAUGCAGGUAAUUCUUAGGGCUGAAAAGACAGUAAAUCUAUCAGUAUGGUCAUAGUUCAUUACAGAAUGGAAUAAAUGUCUUUUCUCUUGUGACUGAACAGUUUCUUUUCAAAAUGAUUAAAAGAAUUGUGACAUGCAUGAACACUCGACAGAAUUGUGUUGCACAGACACCAGAAUUGUGUGACACAAAGAAUGGUGAUUUGUGUGACAUAGAGAACUGUGAACUGUGUGACUUGAAUAUGAAGUGAUAAGUUAGGAGAAGAUUCACUAAUACAAAUGCACCUAGACAAUUUUAUCCAAACAAUUCUGUCUUCCAUCCGGAACAAACAAUUAUUCAAAUCAGAUAUCCUUUGAAAUCCUUUCACUCCCAGGAGUGACUAAGAAGUAAUUUCUCCCUACACUAUCAACACAUUAUCAAGCUGCUAGGUUAGGAGAAUAAAAGCAAAUAUCAACUAGAGGAUAUUAUCUGAUCCACCAGUAAAAAUUCUUAGAACUACUACUACCUGUAAAGAAUUGUAUUGCAGACAGUAAGGAUAAUUGCUAAUGCAUUCUUUGGGUGUGAAAGGGUUUUAAAGAGACAUCUCUCCAUAGGGUGACAGAUUCAAACUUAUAUGGAGAUACAAAAGGUCAAAAAUAAAAUAUUUGAAAUAAAAAAUAACAGAAGUAAUUUCAAAUUUAUAAAAAAUUCGGUGAUCAAGUUGUAAUCAAAACAAACAAACCAAAGUUUAUUUUUCAACUAGUAAAAUCAUGAGUGACACACAAAGAGAAAAGAAAAAUUAUUUCCAUGAUACUUUGUUUAUAAAUUUAUACUGUUUGUCUGCAUAGGCCACAGUAUAACACUUUCACAUAUGGAAAAAAUCUACAUAAUUUUACUUAAACUGCUAUUUGAAAAACUAUUUUCAAACCUCCCAAAAUCCUUCAAAACUCC